GCUUGGUGGCUGCUGUCCAAUCUGCUCCAUCGACCUUUCCUGAUCUAGACCCAUAGAGAGCUAGCUAACCGUAAUGGAUCAGCAGAGUGCAGGGAAUCGUUGAAGGCAGCCAAGCGCAGAAGCUCCUCGAGUGCGUGACGCACCUGUGCUUUUGUCCCUUAUCUCUGAAGGGCCUGAGGUUUCAUAGCACUUCGCCUCGUGACUGUCUUCACUUACAGCGUCUCGAGAUAAGGCUGCUGUGCACUCCUGGGAGAGCUUUUAUGGAUUGGAAAGCUUUUGUGCAAAGGCGACGGACAGACGUGUGGCAGGCCAAACACAUAGACAAUGUCUAAGAUAUCUAAAGCAGCCAAGGCGGUGAAAAAGUUGGAUACUGGAGGUGUGAUCAGAGCAAUUGUAAGAUCUGGACAGGCGGCUCCUGGGCCUCCACUGGGCCCUAUCCUGGGACAGAAAGGAAUUCCCAUUGGGGCCUUCUGCAAAGACUUCAAUGAGAAAACCAAAGAGCUCAAAGAAGGCAUUCCUCUUCCCAUCAAGAUCAACGUGAAGUCGGACAGGACGUAUGACCUGAAAAUUGGGCAGCCCACUGUGUCUUACUUCUUGAAACAGGCCGCCGGCAUUGAAAAAGGAGCCGGAAAGACUGGGCAUGAGAUCGCAGGUAUGGUGACGGUGAGGGCUGUAUAUGAGAUCGCACAGGUCAAAUCACAGGAUGACAGCUUUAAGUUGCGAGACAUCUCUAUGCAGAACGUUGUCAAGAGCAUCAUCGGUUCAGCCAGAUCCCUCGGCAUCAAAGUCGUCAAUGACCUGUCACCAGAAGAGUACAGGGAGUUUCUCCGAGAGCGUGAGGAGAGACUGAAGGCAGAAGCCGAGGCAGCAGCCGCUGAGGCAGCAGCUGCAGUUAAGAAGAAAUGAAGAGCUGCUGUGUGCUAGAGUUGUUUAUCAAUACGAAACCCCCGUUCACAUGGAUGUGUUUUUCUAAUAAAAUGCUGCUCAUUUGCA